AUGCUGUCUAAGCUCGCAACACCCAGCAUCGCCUUGGCCCGCCCCUCGGCUAUGAGGCUCCUGUCAACCAGUGCCAUCCGAUUCGCUAAGACCACGGGAGAUAUCGUGGGCAUCGAUCUGGGAACCACCAAUUCUUGUGUAGCUGUUAUGGAAGGUUCUCAGGCUCGUGUCAUUGAGAACUCUGAGGGUAUGCGCACGACACCAUCCGUAGUGGCCUUUACGAAGACGGGUGAGAGGCUAGUUGGAAUGCCAGCUAAACGUCAGGCUGUGACCAAUCCUGAGAACACUCUUUUCGCUACUAAGCGUCUUAUCGGCCGACGAUACAAUGACCCCGAGACUCAAAAAGAUAAGCAGCAAAUGCCCUACAAGAUCGUCUGUGACAAGACUGGUGAUGCUUGGGUUGAAGCCAACAAUCAGAAGUAUUCUCCUUCUCAAAUCGGUGCCUUCGUUCUGAUGAAGAUGAAGGAGACCGCGGAUUCAUUCCUCGGACGUGAAGUGAAGCAAGCCGUUAUUACUGUCCCUGCCUAUUUCAACGAUGCACAGAGACAGGCUACUAAGGAUGCUGGCAAGAUCGCUGGUCUUGAUGUUCUUCGUAUCAUCAACGAGCCCACUGCUGCUGCUUUAGCUUACGGCUGUGAUAAGAAUGAGGGUCAGACUAUUGCCGUAUAUGAUCUCGGCGGAGGCACCUUUGAUAUAUCCAUUUUGGAGAUCUCUGGCGGUGUGUUUGAGGUCAAGGCCACUAACGGUGACACUUCUCUCGGUGGUGAGGAUUUCGAUAGGGUCAUUCUCAAGCACUUAAUCGAUGAGUUCAAGAAGCAACAAGGCAUCGAUCUCGCACAAGACCGUAUGGCAUUGCAGAGGCUGAAGGAGGCCGCUGAGACUGCCAAGAUUGAGCUUUCCAGCAAGGUCCAGACUGAGAUCAACUUGCCCUUCAUCACUGCUGAUGCCUCGGGUCCUAAGCAUCUGCAGAUGACAUUGAGCCGUGCUCAGUUGGAGGGGCUCACUGCUGACCUCCUGAGCAAGACCAAGGCCCCCUGUGAGGCUUGUCUUCGAGAUGCUGGUCUCAAGAAGGAUGAGCUGAGUGAAGUCAUCCUUGUUGGUGGCAUGACUCGUAUGCCUGCCGUCUCGGAGGUUGUGAAGAAGCUGUAUGGUAAGGAGCCCCAUAAGGGUGUGAACCCGGAUGAAGCUGUGGCUAUGGGUGCUGCUAUUCAAGCUGGUGUCCUCAAGGGAGAUGUGAAGGACAUCCUUUUGCUCGAUGUCACUCCUUUGUCACUGGGUAUUGAGACUCUCGGAGGUGUCUUCACUCGUUUGAUCAAUCGUAACACGACGAUUCCCGCCAAAAAGUCGCAGGUCUUCUCUACCGCUACUGACAAUCAGACUCAGGUGGGUAUUAAGGUUUUCCAGGGCGAGCGUGAGAUGGCUGCUGACAAUAAGCUCCUCGGUCAGUUCGAUUUGGUGGGAAUCCCCCCGGCUCCUCGUGGGGUACCUCAAAUCGAAGUUACUUUCGAUAUUGAUGCUAAUGGUAUCGUCAACGUUUCCGCUAUGGACAAGUCCACCGGCAAGAAACAGAACAUCACUAUUCAGUCCUCGGGUGGUCUCUCUGAUGCUGAUAUCAAUAAGAUGGUGAACGAGGCUGAGAGCAUGAAGGAGCAAGAUGAGAAGCGCAAGCAGGCCGUUGGUGCUAAAAAUGACGCCGAGACUCUCGUCUACUCUGUGGAGAGGCAACUCAGUGAGCUCAAGGACAAGAUGAGCGAUGCUGAUGCCGAGGACUUGAAGCAAAAGAUUGCCGCUGUGAGGUCAACUCUGACCACGGAUGAUGUUGAUGAGAUCAAGAACAAGACCAAGGAGUUGCAAGAUGCUUCUUGGAAGGUUUCUUCACAGGCGUAUCAGCAGGGCUCAAACGACCAACAGCAAGAGGAACAGAAGACUGAAAAUACCGAGGAUGAAAAGAAGAAUUAAAUAUCGUUGUUGACGUUGUGGGUAUUUUCUAGUUGUGUAGUUGGUGUGAUCACAACGAAGACUCUGUGUAUCUCGUUUCCGUGGAUUCAUUAUCAUUAUUAUCAUCACCGUUGGUCGUGUGGCUGUUAAAUGAUCAUUGUAAGGAACCAUUAGACACCCGUGCCUUUGUUACUAUCUCCAUCAUCACUUUUACUAAAAUACUACUCUACGAAUGCCGAGAUCAAGGGAUUGAGUUUCAGAGGUU